AUCCUCACUUUAGAUUAUAUUGCGUGCAUCACACAAGCUUACUAACACAUCUAACACUCUUGCUCUCUCUCACACACAUGUAAAUUCAUACAUACACACACACGCUAUAGAAUUCCUACUUAAGAAAAGGCUGUGUUGAACCUAACCAUCAUUCACUAAUUCACACUCUUCAGCUAGAUCAACCAGCGUUCACUUUGGGGACUAUGGCUUCAUCCAUGACUGGCAACUACUUGCCUAAAGGAUGUGCAGUGUUUACCACCAUGCCUGACAUCCUCUUCAUCCCUGAGCUUAUAAUUGGCGGACUUGUAUGGAUCCUGGUGGCAUCCACAAAUCUUCUCUCUUUUACAGCGAACUCCCAAGCCUGGGUGAUGUCUGUCUCUGUCUUCUGCUUCGUCUUCACAACCAUCUGGCUCCUCAUCUUUCUAUUUGGAUGCAACAAGGGCGGCAUGUGGCCAGGCUUGGACACUGCAUAUCAUGCCAUUGCUGCUCUUUUCUAUUUGAGUGCAGCAGUGAUCCAGGCCUAUUUCACCAUUGGGUUACAAGCUCUUUCGUCCACAAAAGAAUACAAGCUAAAUGUUGCUGCUGUGGUCAUGGCCUUUGUUGCCACGCUGCUGUAUGUCAUCCACACAGUUUUGUCGGCCCUGCGGUGGAAAACGUCCUGAAGGAAAACAACAGAUUACCAGACAAAACAAGCCCGUUGCCUCAAACCAACAGCAGCCAGCGACAAAUAACAGUCACACACCAAUAACAACACAGUCAACAACAACAACAAUCAUCAUGGCAACAGAGACCACCCCUUAAAGGUUCACGCGUAAUGCAGCGCUGGCUAUCAUUGGCUCUCUAAGAUUAUAUUUGUGACUAAAGCACUAGGUGCUAACAUGGGAAAAUAUGAAAACAAAAAAAUAAAGGACACAACAGUCAGAGGUUUCUCUUUACUUUUUCUGUACCUAUCUGUCAGCAACAGAACUGGAAAACUGAACAUAAAUCUGAAGUGACCCUAAAAAGUCAAAUAAACUGCUUACAUAACGAAUCAUUGUAGUUAGAUAUGAAAUCAUCUUCAUAUAAUUAAUUCCAUAUAAGUAAUUCUAUAGGUUCGAAUUGUACGAAUGUACGUAAAUAAAUUCACACACCUCAGGAAUGUGGCGUAAAAGAAUGGUUACUUGCCACUCUUGACGUGAUGAUGUAAAAUGUAACUUAAGAUGUAAUCAAACGUCAAAUGUACUUUUUUUUAAAAUAAACAUGAAAUUUGUCGCUAUA